AUGGUCAACCGUAUCAAGCCGCAAGGUCUGCUGUUCCGCAGAGAGCGCCAACCGUUCACAACAAGAGUGAUCAAUUGCCUGCGACGCAUUUGGGAUAGGUUGUCGUCGUGUCGCUUCCGUCGUUCAGUGCCGACGAGAACGCGUGUGGAGACAAUCGAAUCGCUGUCGCUCGGAAUUCAAGAGCGUCGCACUAUGCCCAUUCUUUUGGGAGCUCGCGGAAUGAUGGAGCAGCAAAGAAGAACCAAACAUGUUGUGAUCAAUGCGUCAGCUUCUGUGAUCCAACUCAAUCUUGAGCAGACCUUCGGAGAUAUACGUUCUCCACCGGAAGUUCAAAGACAACACGAUGAGGCUUUUCCGGAUGACUACCUCACGGAUAUGGCCGAUAUGCGGAACAGAAAAAGAGCAAUGAUCCCGACGGGACCGCAUGUUGAAGAUCCGCCGGUAAUAACUUUAGUGACUGGUUAUCAGGGCGCUACGGAAGAUGCCAAAAUAUUAGCGGCGGCAGUAGCGACGAAAACUCGAUACCAUCGUGACAAGUACGAGAGAAGAUAUGCGCUGACACCAGUCGAAUAG